UCCAUCUCAUUGCACCAACAGCCACGUGUUUCUGCAAUACCCGGACCCAAAGGUCCAUUAUAUAAAAGGUGUACGUGUGAAUUGCCUUGCAGUACAAGUGCAGUGAAGAGCUUGCAAGCCAUGGCAGAGAAGGGAGAUAGUUCUGACGAGGAGCCCACCAUUGCAGAGGAUGUUGUGGUCACCAAGUACAAAAUGGCUGGAGACAUGUCCAACAGAGUGUUGGCGCAGGUGUUGGAGGCGUGUGUUGAGGGGGCGGUGAUAACGGAUCUAUGUGAGAUGGGAGACAAGCUUGUUCUGGAAGAGACAAAGAAAGUAUACAAAAAAGAAAAAAAUAUGAAGAAAGGUAUUGCGUUUCCUACGUGUGUGUCUGUGGACAACUGUGUAUGUCACUUCUCCCCCCUAAAGUCAGACGCCCCCGUCCGUCUCAAAAAAGGGGACCUUGUUAAAAUAGAGCUUGGUGUCCAUGUCGACGGGUUCAUUGCAACAAUGGGACACACUUUAGUCGUCGGAUCUUCAAAAGAGAACAAGGUGACUGGUCGACAAGCUGACGUGAUGCAGGCAGCCUACUUGGCCGGAGAGAUUGCUCACAGAAUGGUCGUCCCUGGAGGAGAGAGUAUAGCAGUGGCCAAUGCCAUUCAGAAGGUGGCUACAUCGUUCAACUGCAAUGCAGUCGAGGGCAUCAUCUGUCACAGACUCAGGAAGAACUGUUACGACAAUGAGAAAAACAUCAUCCUCAACCCACCACCAGAGCAGCUCAAACGUGACGUGAAGAGUUGUGAGUUUGAACUGUACGAAGCGUACGCUAUUGACAUCCUCAUGAGCACAGGAGAGGGGAAGACCAGACAAGCAGACUCGAGAACAACGAUAUUCAGGAAGACAGACGAAGUGUACAAAUUAAAGAUGAAAAACUCGCGAGCGUUUUACAGUGAGGUGUGUGCCAAGUUCACCUCCAUGCCAUUUUCUCUGAGAGCAUGUGAAGAGGAGGCCAAGGCGAGGAUGGGGCUAGUGGAGUGUGUCAACCACAACCUAGUGGAGCCCUACGAUGUCAUUUACGAGAAAGACGGGGAGUAUGUUUCACAAAUCAAGUUCACUCUGCUUCUAAUGCCCAAUGGACCACAAAGAAUCACCAGUGGCUCCUAUGAUCCUGAGGUAGUGUCUUCAGAGCUGAAACUGGAAGACCCUGAACUGAAUGCUUUGCUGACAUCAUCUACUAGUAGGAAGAAUAAGAAAAAGAAGAAAAAGGCCGGGAAGACUGCGGACACUGAGGCCACAGACACACCCACUACUGAAACGUAACUCUUGUGCACUAGACUAUAAUUAUAGUUAAUAAAGUUCACUGGACUGUCGACUUAUUGCAGAGUUUGUGGGCACACUUUGUAUUAUUUUUUGUCAGCAACGCUUUAAAAAGAGAAAGUUGCCGUGGCUAAUUUACGGUCUUGUCUCAAUCCAA